AUGUCAACUCGUCCCAACAUGUUUGUUAUCAAAUCUUUGGGGAAACUGAUUUGGGGUGAUGCUAGCACACCCGAGCUCAUUCAAAUAACAGACGGCGAGCUUUACCUCAUCAGACCCAACAGUCCAAGAGGAAACAGAGAGUGUCUCUUUCACAAGGCAACAGCUAUUGUGAGACGUACGGGAACUGAGUGGCAGUAUCAACUUGUUAUUGCCAGGAUAGAAAACGAUUACGAGAAAAUUUUUCUCAUCGACGAGUCGCUCGAAUUUAGAAAAGGUCAAUUUGAAGGGCUUACUACAUUCACGUGGAAAGAUUUAACAGGAGAAGCCGAUGAAUGGCUUGAAUUCAUGUGCGAUAUAAAUACUACAGCACACACUGCCAACACCUUUGAAUACACGGUGUAUAGCUGUAUGUACGAGAGAAAAUUCCAUAAAUCACAUGAGGAGGCCACCGAAGAGGAAAUCCAGAAAUUCGCAUACGUACCGCGAAAGGUUGAAAGCACUCCAUCCGAUAAAACCCCUCCCACAACACCCAGACGCUUAAGAUCAACUGCUUCGCAAUCGUCACCUGUGUCGGCCACCACAACUCCAUCUCAACAUACGGAUGUUGGUCCUUCCACCCCCAAAAAACUUACCGUGACUUCUGAUUUUCCCAGUUCUCCAGAUUCGCUUGAGAAUAUUGUAUCAGUGGAAGCAGAAUUACACGUUUUUGAUCCAGCCACUGCAGAAUUUGUAUUAAAGUCAUCAGAUGUCACGGCAAAAAUCUUGAAGGGAAAAAGAUUCGAAUAUUGGUUGGUAAUUGACGACGAGGAUCACACAAGAAUCGUUGGUCAACGAAUUGAACCAAAGAUGAACCCCGUAUUUAAUUCGACCCAUCGAUGUCUUAUAUGGUGUUACUUUGCUGACUCGGGUCAAGUUUUUUCUUUCUUGAUUCGCUUUCAGAAUACAGCCGAUGAGUAUAAUUUCAAGAGAAAAUAUACUACUAGCAUGUAUGAAACGCUCAAUGAGGCAAAAGCAAAGGAAGAUGAACAAGAAUAUCUGAUAAACGCUUAUCAGGAAGAUGUUGAAAUGCCUGAUGCCGAUACAUCCGACCAAGAAGAAACUGAAGAAGAGAUCGAAUCUUCGGAUGAAGAAGAAAACGACGAUAAUAACAAGGGUCGUAAUGAAGACUACAAUAAUACUAACGACAUCAAUAAGCAACUUCUUGUCGGAUACAAACACGAUAGAUCGUUUGUUCUGAAGGGUAACAAUAUCGGUGUCUUUAAACACACGGAUGACGAUCGUUUAGAAUUCGCGACAAACAUCAAUGAAAUAAAGAAGCCUGGAGGAAAGAAAUUCAAUCCCGAGAAGGGCAUGUUACAUGAAGAAGACUCUUCUAUCGUAUUGCUAGAUGCUCAGGACGAGAACAAUCUAUUUAAAAUGGAUUUGGAGUAUGGCAAGGUGGUAGAAGAAUGGAAGGUUCAUGAUUAUAUACCCGUGACGAAUAUAUUUCCUGGAAGUAAAUUUGCACAAACGACUGCCGAAAAAACUCUUGUGGGAAUGUCACACAAUUCUUUGUUUCGAAUUGACCCUCGGCUUUCGGGUCAGAAAUUAGUCGAUUCUCAACUUAAGCAAUACGUGACAAAGAACAAUUUCGUCUGUGGUACCACUGAUGCCAAAGGUCACAUCGCUGUGGGAAGUGAGAAGGGUGAUGUCAAACUGUUUGACACUUUGGGAAAAAACGCAAAGACCAAUUUACCCGCUCUCGGCAGUGGUAUAAAGGGUAUCGACGUGACCGCUGAUGGUAGAUGGAUUAUCGCUACCACCGCUCGUUACCUGCUGCUUUUGGAUACUGAGAUCAAAUCUGACCCGGAUAAACCGCUAGGAUUCGAGAAGAGUUUCCCCAAAGAUCAAAAGCCUAUCCCAAGAAGGUUGCAAUUGCGACCAGAACACUUAUCAAUAAUGGAAGAGCCAGUUAAUUUUACGCCUGCGAGAUUUAAUACGGGGGCGUCAGCAAUGGAAAAGACCAUAGUCACCAGUACUGGACCGUUCGUAGUUACUUGGAACUUUAGGAGCGUCAAGCAGGGCAAUAUCUACAACUAUCAAAUCAAAAGAUAUGAUGACGUGGUAGUGGCCGAUAAUUUCCGUUUCGGACAGGAUCGAUCGAUUGUUGUGACGCUGCCACAUGACGUCACGUUAACAAAAAAGACUCAUUUGUCAACGCCGACAAGUGCCGUACUUUCCCCGUCUAAGUACCAGAGGAAAUCUCCGAAUAAUAUAACAAAAUUAAGGCGAUAA